AUGAUGGUAUGCUGGUACGGUCCACCCGGCGUCGUCGCUGAAACGCCCAAAAACGGCGGCGCCCACGAGGUGACGGAAACGGACAAUGUCCCGGUGGGCCGCUUCGGACACUCUGCGGUGGUCUACCAGUCUGGUAUGUUUGUCUUUGGAGGUUGGGAUGGACACGAUACCUUGGAUGAUCUCUAUGAGUUCUCCAUCACCACCAGCCAGUGGUACAACGUUCCGGGACGCGGAGACGUUCCACCGUCAAGAUACCGCCACAGUGCGGUGGUGCAUGGCUGUGCCAUGUUUGUCUUUGGGGGUGUAGACAAGCGUCAGGCGAGAUUCUCGGAUCUCUGUGAGUUCAGCUUUGACAACCGGUCAUGGUCUCGGGUCAAGACAACUGGUGACCCACCAUCGGCCAGAACCUUCCAUCGAGCUUGCAUGUAUGGAAGCUGCAUGUACAUCCUCGGUGGGUUCGAUGGCACCCGACGCAACGACAUGUACAAGAUCGCAGUCCCAGAGCAACUCCCACGUGAUGAGAAACGAAGGCGUCGCAUGGCCCUGGGCUCCGGCGACGGCGACGCGGAGGCACAGGCGGAACCCGACAUUGGCGAGGUGGCGGAAGGACCACAUGAGAACAAAGAGAUCGUCAGGCUACGCUUGCAGGUGCUGGAAUUACAGAAGCGCCUCGAGAGCGAGCAAGAACGUCACCUGUGCAAGAUUUGCUUCGAACGUGAGAUCAACACAGUGAUUUUGGAUUGCAACCAUCGAGCGGUUUGCUCGCGUUGCCUGGACCAGGUGAAUACAUGCCCUCUGUGCAGAGCAGACAUCACGUCGACGCGCACGACGUACAACGCGUGA